UUUUUCCUUCAAUCUCUGGCUGAGAGAAUAAGAAGGAGAGAGCAAAAUGGAGAACAGGAGUCCAGCCCCUCCAGUCGUUUACCUCACCGCGCGCGGCUCUGCCAAGGAAUGUUUUCUUUAGUCUUUUGAGUCGAUUCAAAGCAUCAAAUUCUUCCCACAACCACAAAUAACAAAAUUUUGAGGGUGUGUGUGCAGAGGAGGAAAGAGGGAUGAAGGAGGAGGAGGAGCAGGAGGAAGGGGGUGUAAACAAUUAACUGAGUCAGGGUUUGACCAAGAAACAUGUUUUCUCUCUUUUCUUGGAAGGGGGGUGGGGGGGAUUUUUUUUUUUUGAAUCAACUUCACACUGUGUUUCUGGCACUUCACCCAAAACAUCUUAAGACGCCCUAAAAACAAAGGAGUUUGUCCAGUGAGGCAACAGCUGGAGGGAUCAGUCCAACCACAUGUCAUUAACCUCCACAUGCCAGGAGGAGAUGUGGCAUCUGCAGGAGCCGCUACACUCCUCACUCUCUGCGUCAGUGCCACCUUUAAAGGAGAGUUUAACCGUGCUCCUCAUUCGACUGAAACACUUUAAUCAGAGUGUAAUGUACAGGAGGGGGGGGGGGGGUUGUGGUCUCCAGGCAACAAGAAAAAGUUUAUUUUACUUCGUUUAAAUCCUGUGAAUUUGAAGUCUCCAGCUUCAACAAUGCUCAAUUUAACCUGUGACUUUAAUAACCCCGAUAGAAAAAAAAUAGUGUCAGCUUUAAAAAACGUGGGAUGUGUUCGUGUUUUCUUUUUUUUUUGUCCUCCACGUGCGCGACUCGCACUUUUCUCAUCAAGUUUCACUUCUUGUUCUUGUUCUUGUUCUUGUUCUUCUUCUUCUUCCUUCGAGCGGAGAUACUUUCACACAUCUCCAUUUUGGGCUGGGAUAUUAACGCUGUGUGUGCUGCGCUGCUUUAGGCUGUUAGGGGGGCACUUGCAUGGGAUCCCAUUGUGGAGAGCCGGGCCAGAUUGGGAGGUGAAGUCGGGGAGGAGGGGGAGGCGGAGAGGGAGGUGGGGUGGUGGUGGUGGUGGGGGUGACCAUUUGCAUGUUAUUACCAUAGCAUGUGUCAGGCCGUAUAUAACAGGCUGCAGGCGGCCUUGGCUGGAGACAGACGCACAGUUCACAGUGAGGAAAGACAUUGGGAAGUAGAAGGAAGCAUGUUGGACCAGUGACAAAUCUGUCCUUGGGUUAGACCAAGACUUUCACACACACUGAAAAAAGAAAAGAAAAGCUACUUCCUAAAAUCUGUCAUUUUCUCAACAAACAAAACAAGGAACCAUCUUUUUUUUUUUUUUUUUUUUUUCCUCUUUACGCACUGGAUUAACGCUUUCUAACGGAACUGGAGGACUUCUCUUUCAAAACUUCACAUAUCUUGUUUUGUGGUUUUAUUUUUUUUUUAAGGUUUGGGAUUUAUCCUUUUUUUUUUUUCUUCCUGUUCCUCGGGACAUGAGUGAGAGCGGCGCGGCUGACAGCGGCAGUAGUUGAUGAGAAAACCCCCGUGAGGCGACAGAAACGUGCUCAAUGCAUCUUCCUCAGAGGGUUUGAACAGGAGGAGGCACCCUGAGGACCAGCCGAGCCCCGAGACUUUUUACUUUAUUUAUUUAUUAUUUAUUAUGUAUUUAUUUAAUAUGGGGCGCGUCAUCCUGCUGACUCUCGCCGUCAUGUCCAUGUUGCUGUGCCAGGGGUUUUGUUCGGGAGUUUUUGAGCUGAAGUUGCAGGAGUUCCUAAACAAGAAGGGAGUACAGGGCAACAAGAACUGUUGUAAAGGAGGUCUGACCUCGUCCUUCCAGCAGCAGUGCGAAUGUAAAACCUUCUUCAGGAUCUGUCUCAAGCACUACCAGCCCAACGCCUCUCCGGAGCCUCCGUGCACCUACGGCGGUGCCGUGACGCCCGUCCUCGGCUCCAACUCGUUCCAGGUCCCUGAGGUCAUCCCUGAGAGUUCAUUCACUAACCCCAUCAGGAUUAACUUCGGCUUCACGUGGCCGGGGACCUUCUCGCUGAUCAUUGAGGCAUUACACACCGAGUCCAAAGACGACCUCUCCACAGAGAACCCAGACCGUGUUAUCAGCACCAUGACCACCCAGAGGCAUCUGACGGUGGGAGAGGAGUGGUCCCAGGACCUGCACACCGGCGGCAGGACGGAGCUCAAGUACUCGUACCGGUUCGUGUGCGAUGAGCACUACUACGGGGACGGCUGCUCGGUGUUCUGCCGGCCCAGAGAUGACGCCUUCGGACACUUCACCUGUGGAGAGCGCGGGGAGAUUGUGUGCGACGCCGGGUGGAAGGGACAGUACUGCACUGAACCGAUUUGUCUGCCGGGCUGCGACGAGGAGCACGGCUUCUGCGAGAAACCCGGAGAGUGCAAGUGCAGAGUGGGAUUCAAAGGCCGCUACUGCGACGAGUGCAUCCGCUACCCGGGCUGCCUCCACGGGACCUGCCAGCAGCCGUGGCAGUGCAACUGUCAGGAGGGUUGGGGGGGGCUGUUCUGCAACCAAGAUCUCAACUACUGCACUCACCACAAGCCCUGCAUGAAUGGAGCCACUUGUAGCAACACUGGCCAGGGCAGCUACACCUGUUCCUGCAGGCCCGGCUUCACUGGGGCCAGCUGUGAGAUCCAGGUCAACGAAUGCGCUGGAAACCCCUGCCGCAACGGAGGAAGCUGCACUGAUUUGGAAAACACAUAUACCUGCACUUGCCCUCACGGUUUCUAUGGCAACAACUGCGAGCUGAGCGCCAUGACGUGUGCAGACGGGCCCUGCUCCAACGGUGGCCGCUGUGCCGACAACCCCGAGGGAGGCUACUUCUGCCAGUGCCCCACAGGAUACGCAGGGUUCAACUGCGAGAAGAAGAUUGACCACUGCACCUCCGGCCCCUGCUCCAACGGUGCUCGCUGUGUGGAUCUUGUCAACUCGUACUUGUGCCAGUGUCCAGACGGUUUCACCGGCAUGAACUGCGACCGAACUGGGGACGAGUGUUCGACGUACCCCUGCCAGAACGGUGGGACGUGCCAGGAGGGUCCAGACGGCUACACCUGCAUCUGCCCGCCGGGAUACACUGGCCGCAACUGUAGCUCACCCAUCAGCCGCUGUGAACACAACCCUUGCCACAACGGUGCCACCUGCCACGAAAGAAACAACCGCUACGUCUGCGCGUGCGUUCCUGGCUACGGUGGCCGAAACUGCCAGUUCCUGCUGCCAGAGCACGCCGCCAUCCGCGGGACAGAAGUUCCCUGGAUGGCUGUUGGGUCCGGCGUGGCCCUGGUGCUCCUGCUUCUGGCAGGGUGUGCCGUACUUGUUGGAUUUUUCCGGUCAAAAGUCCAGCGUGGCGGUCAAAUAGAAACCGCCGGUGAGGGAGAGACAAUAAACAACCUCACUAACAACUGUCACCGCAGCGACAGGGACCUGGCGGUCAGCGUGAUGCCGACGCCAGGUGUCAAAAAUAUCAACAAGAAGAUGGACUUCUGCAGCAGUGACCCCGAUGAAGGGUCUUCACCGGGGAGAAGCGGCUACAAGAGCCGCCAUCCGCCUGCAGACUACAACCUUGUACACGAGGUCAACUACGAGCAGGCGGCUAAAGAGGCCAUGCUGGAGGCAGCCUGCGAGGACAAGUGCCAGUCCCUGGACUCAUUUGAGUUUGAGGAGAAGCGCAGCAAACGUUUAAAAUGCGAUGCAUCAGAAAAGAAAGCCCCAGAAAUGUCUGCAUGUGCGGACACAAAGUACAAAUCUGUGUUUGUGAUGUCGGAAGAGAAGGACGAAUGUAUAAUUGCAACUGAGGUGUAACGAGCCACCAAUGGGCUGCCCGUUGCUCAUUUGCUCUAUGGGAGAGUUUUUAUACUCCUUCAGAUGCUGCUCUAACCCUAGGGGGAGGUGUCCCGCCUUGAGACUGCUGCUGAUACUGAGACGUUUAACUGAUAUUCAGAGUGAGCUGGUUCUCUACUGGAAACUAAGCGCAGGCAGCGGCGGCCUGUGGGAUAAGAACUGGCGGGGUUUUAAAAAAAAGAAUUAAAAAUUUAAAAUAAAUUUUUUUUUAAAAAUGGUUUACGGUUAAAAAGUAAACUGCCACUUAGCUUUCUGUUCUGCCUUUUAUCGGGGAGUAGGGGGGUAAAAAAAAAAAAAAAAAAAAGAAGAAAUAUUAAGGAACGCCGUCAUGUAGCGGUAACACGCGAUGCUACGAGUUUAGUUUUUGCAACAUUUGCACCCAGGCCUUUUCUCUAACCCACACGCCGUUGCUGAGCGCAGGAACUGCAUCAAACGGUGGAUGUUUGGCCAUACUGGCCUGUUCUUCACGAGGCUGUUCACAUGGGCUGUGCACCCAUCACUACACCUGUGAAGACUGUAUGUAUACUUGAUCACUGUGUUUAACUGAAGUGCGUUUUCUUCCCUAAGCCCUCCAAACCAUUUAUGACAUAGUAUUGUUCAUUUUUUUUUCUUUCUUUCUUUUUUUUUUUUUCAUUGGGACAUUAAAAGUUUGUCUUAAUUAAAAAAAAAAAAAAAUGUUGCUUUUUGAUACAGAUUGUCCUUUUGUAAAAUAAAGAAAAACAAAAACAAGAAAAAAGUUAUGAUUUAAAAUUAUGAUUUAAUUUAAGUUAAUUUAAUGAUUUUGUGUUAUUUUUAUUUUGUAUUGUAUAUUUGUGAUUGUUUGUUAUGAUUAUUUAAGUUGCUUUUUUUAUUGAUGAUAUUUGCAAAGGCACUUCAGGUCAAUGGGACUUUUUUUUAAGAAAAUGUUAUUUAAGAGGGAUUGUACUGUACAAAUUGUUAUGUUACCGUCUCCUUUACCAUUUUUGAAUGAAGGAAUUAGCCAAGACUAUUUUUCCAAAUAAAUAUUGCUAAACGUGAAAUUUUAA